AUGGAGACUUUGCAGCUAGAAAACGAGAGCAAUCAGCUGCGUAUCGAUUCAUUGUCGACAGAGGUGAACCAGCUCCAAAGCGUUAUGGAAGAGAGAGAGCUUCUUAUCCAACAAUGCAAGGAAAAUGAGAAGAAUUGGACGAGCAAACCACAGAGGCAAUUAAUGAAAUCCGGAGGAAAUAGGAUGAGGAGAAGCAAGAAAUCAUCAAUGCUGAAAAGGAAAAGAUACUCACAAAACGAAGGAAGAGAAAGAGCACGGUCAUGUUUGAGGAGCCACAUAGGCGAUCAUCUCGGAUUACACCCAAAGCUAAGACCCCAGAAGUAUUGGUAA